UGGAUACUGACAUGUGCAGAACGAAGUGGACCGAGCUACUACCCUGAAAUAUUCCAUUUCUAUUAGUCGCGCCAAUGGAAAAUUUUCAAAAUAAAUACACUUAUCACCAAUUCAUAACAUUCGUAUAAAGAAGUGGCCGUUUAAAUUGUUGAUUCGCAAAUAAAAUUGGCACGCGAGUAUGAUCAAGUGGACCGAGCUGACACCCCCCGGUGAUAAAGAUUCAUAAUGACAACGACAACGACAAAAAAAAACGUUUGAAAUCGACGGAUUGAUUACGUAUAUUAAAUAAAAAAAGUUGUUGCUAUUUAUAGUAUCGUUGAAAGUAUAUUUUGAAAUAAGUUUUUAGAGCACGAGAUUUGUUUUAAAUAAACAAAUGUAUGGCGCAAAUUGUAUACUACACAUUAUGUAUAUGGCAAUAUUGUAUAAAUAAAGUGGAUUAUUACCCUUAUGGUUUAGGUUCGAAAAAUUCCACUGUUUGAAAAAUAAACGGCAAGAAGAUAUAAAAGGAAAUGAAGAAGAAGAAUUGGUUUAAUUCACCGGAGAAGUCUGUAACGAAGAGCAGCGAGCAACUAUCAAACCGUUUCUAAUAUUUCUACUUAAAACAUUUUAAUUUAAUUUUAAUAAAUCGAUUAAGGAUCAAUUAACAAAAAUAUUUAAAAAUGGUUAUGUCAACUCAAGUGGAUCCACGGGUAGCAAAUGGAGAGCCCGUCGGCAAGGCUAAAGUGGAUGUGGAUGCAAAACCGAAACUUACGUCACAAAUGAUUUUCGACAGAGAAGACAAAUAUGGCGCUCACAACUACCAUCCGCUUCCAGUUGCAUUAUGUAAAGGAAAAGGAGUGUUUUUGUGGGAUGUGGAAGGAAAACGGUAUUAUGAUUUUCUCAGUGCAUAUAGUGCAGUUAAUCAAGGACAUUGCCAUCCAGAUAUCAUUGACGCUCUGACUGACCAAGCUCAAACAUUAUCAUUGACUUCAAGAGCAUUCUACUCAGACGUGCUGGGUGAAUACGAACAGUUCAUCACAAACCUAUUCGGCUACGAUAAAGUAUUACCUAUGAACACUGGUGUGGAAGGUGGCGAAACCGCUUGUAAAUUGGCACGUCGUUGGGGAUACGAUGUGAAAAAGAUCCCGAAGAAUCAGGCACAGAUCGUCUUUGCUGAAGGAAACUUCUGGGGCCGAACACUGUCGGCUAUUUCCAGUUCCACAGAUCCGAGCAGCUACGAUCGAUUUGGUCCAUUUAUGCCGGGAUUUUCGUUGAUUCCAUAUAACGAUUUGACGGCAUUGGAGGCUCGCCUAAAAGAUCCAACUGUCUGUGCAUUCAUGGUGGAACCAAUUCAAGGCGAGGCUGGAGUGGUAGUGCCCAACGACGGAUAUUUGAAAGAAGUGCGACGACUGUGCACCCAAUACAAUGUGUUAUUCAUCGCCGAUGAGGUGCAAACUGGAUUGGCACGCACCGGGAAAAUGUUGGCAUGCGAUCAUGAGAAUGUUCGGCCGGACGUUUUGAUAUUGGGCAAAGCAUUAUCGGGCGGCAUGUAUCCGGUAGCAGCAGUAUUGUGUGACGAUGACAUUAUGAUGACCAUAAAGCCGGGCGAGCAUGGCAGUACGUAUGGAGGAAAUCCGUUGGGCUGUAAGGUGGCGCUGGCUGCUUUGGAUGUAUUGAUCAAAGGAAAUUUAGCAGAUAAUGCCGAGAAGAUGGGACAGAAGCUUCGUUCCGAAUUGGGAAAAUUACCGAAGGAUAUUGUUAGUAUUGUACGGGGCAAGGGUUUGCUCAAUGCGAUCGUUAUCAAUAAAGAUUUCGACGCAUGGGAGCUUUGCAUUAAGUUGAAGGAAAAUGGUCUUUUAGCCAAACCAACGCACGGUGAUAUUAUCCGUUUUGCGCCGCCACUAGUGAUUAAUGAGCAACAGCUGGACGAUUGUAUUGAUAUUAUUAAGAAAACAAUUUUAGAAUUUGCUGCCAAUAAAUGAAUUGAAACCACCAAUCGAC